CCGACCGCCCGCAGCGGCGGCCCCGGAGGCGUUGAACGGGCGGGCCGGGGCGGAGCUUGGACCGGAAGUCGGGCGGCGGAAGCGGCGGCGGCGGCGGCGGCGUUGGCAGCUCGGGCCCGAGUGCAAGGAACAGAGGCACCAUGAUUCUCCAGCGGCUCUUCCGGCUGACCUCUCUCCUUCAGUCCGCUGUCUCCGUCCACUUGAGGAGGAACAUUGGUGUGACUGCAGUGGCUUUUAAUAAGGAACUUGAUCCUGUCCAGAAAAUCUUUGUGGACAAGAUCAGGGAAUACAAAACUAAGCGACAGUCAUCUGGAGGCCCUGUGGAUACUGGCCCAGAAUAUCAGCAAGAACUGGACCGGGAGCUUUUUAAGCUUAAACAAAUGUAUGGCAAAGCAGACAUGAAUACGUUCCCCAACUUCACAUUUGAAGAACCCAAAUUCGAAGUCAUUGAUAAACCCCAGUCCUGAAGAAACGAUGUAAAAUUACCUGGUCGUUUGUUCUCAGUUUUACAACUGAUAAGUAGUAGCAGAGUGAACACAUCUCUCCUCUGUCAAAUGUUCUUUCUAUUCUGAUUCCAAAUAAAUAAUUUGGUGUUGAGUGUC